GUUAUAUAUCCCUAUCGAAUGCUUGUUUUCUGAAGCGAGCGAGCUCCACUCCACUACAGCGUUUGUGCACUCAAUCCCUAGGGAAUCGUCCUCGCCUUUUAUGUAACCCCAGGAUCAGGAUUCAAGGCUCUCUAUUCAGUCUUCUUCUUCCUUAUGUUUUCUGAUGGUUCUUGUGUAUCGGUAUUAGGGUUUUGUCUCAAUUCAAUUCCUAUUGUACAAUUUGAAAACAUAGUUUAUUUAAAUUGAUUCCUUUAUUGUUAGUCGAUUCUAUCAAAACGUGAUUAGUGAUGUUCUGGUACCAUUUGUUUAUUUGUAUUGUCUAAAUUCGCCAUAGGAGCACUAGGGUUAAUAUUAGGGUUUAGAUUUGUUAUCCGGUGAUGGAGAUGGAUAGCUCGCGUAGACCGUUUGAUAGAUCGAGAGAGCAAGGUAUCAAGAAACCCCGACUGACCGACGAGCUCGAGCGUGGCUCUAAUUCCAGUGUUCGAUCGUUGCCUCAGCGACAAGUAGCUUCUGGAGUUAAUUCAUUGGCCCCAGCAAGGUUUAGAACAAAUGACAGAGAUUCCGAAAGCAUCGACUCUGGUCGCGGUGGAUACCAGCCCCAACCGCUCCACCACGAGCUUGUGAAUCAGUACAAAACCGCACUUGCUGAGCUAACAUUCAAUUCUAAACCGAUAAUUACCAACUUGACUAUAAUUGCAGGCGAGAAUCUUUAUGCCGCGAAGGCAAUUGCUGCCACUGUUUGUGCUAACAUUCUAGAGGUUCCCACUGAACAAAAGCUGCCAUCUCUUUAUCUUUUGGACAGUAUUGUAAAGAAUAUUGGGCGGGACUAUAUAAAAUACUUUGCUGCCAGGCUACCUGAGGUAUUCUGCAAGGCAUACAAACAGGUUGAUUCCACAAUCCAUUCAAGUAUGAGGCACCUUUUUGGAACUUGGAAAGGAGUCUUUCCUCCCCAGACCCUCCAGAUUAUUGAGAAGGAACUCGGCUUCACUCCUGCUGUCAAUGGUUCAUCUACUGCAUCUACACUGAGGAGUGACUCACAGUCACAACGACCACAGCAUAGCAUCCAUGUGAAUCCUAAAUAUUUGGAGAGGCAGCGUCUUCAGCAGUCUGGCAGGAUUAAAGGAACAGCUAAUGAUAUUGCUGGGACUAUUACAAGCUCUAGUGAUGGUGCAGAAAGGCCAGAUAGAGCAUUAGGUGCAGCACGACCAUGGGUGGAUUCCAGUGCUGACAUGCAUAACAUUCAGGGCUCUAAUAGAGAUUCGUAUAAUGAUUCUGUUCCUGAAAAGGGCAUUGGUACAUCCUAUGGAGGCAAUGAAUAUGGCUCUGAUCUUUCAAGGAAUUCAGGUUUGGGUAUUGGAAGAGCUGGUGGCAGGACCUCUGAGUUAGCACGUGACAAAGCUUGGUACAAAGCAGGCAGCAAUGCUGCAGACAUGAUGUCUGCCCAAAGGAAUGGUUUCAGUCUCAAGCGUAGCUUAUCAAAUCAUGAAGCACCAAAGUCCAUCAACUUGGAUGAACAUAAUCAACCAACACAAACCAUGACUGGCAUAAAGAGUAGUGUCUUGUCAAGUAGCUGGAAAAAUUCUGAGGAAGAGGAGUACAUGUGGGAUGAGGUGAAUGCUGGACUGAGUGAGCAUGGUGCAUCCAAUGCCUCUAACAACUUGAGCAAAGAGUGUUGGACUGCUGAUGAAGACAAUUUGGCAGUUGGAGGUCACCUUCAAAGGACGUUGCAUGAAGAUAGAGAUGUGUCCACCGAAAUGAAACGCACCUUUGGUCAUCCUUGGAAAUCACAGCAGCAGCAGUCAUUUGAUGAGCUGAAUCGUAGGCCAUGUCCUUCAGAAGGCAUUGGAUCUGCUCUUGGAAGGUUGCCAAACAUUGUGAAUUCUUCUAAUGUCAAAAUGGGAAAUCGGCCUUUCUUGUCAAAUGCCACAUUAGGAUCAGUAGGAACAGUGCGACAACAGCAGUCUCAUUCUGUAGGAGCAGAGUCUCCUUGGGAGUCACCUUUGCGACAGCAGUCUCCAUCACCAUCAGUCAAUGUGCCCCAUCCUCAUGAAAUGCAGAUCUUGGCAGAGCAAGACCAUCCACAGACUCUUAAAACGUCUCAAUUUUCAGGACGUUUACGGAGCCAAGAUAUUCGAGAUUCAUCAUCUGUCCUUCCACGUAAUGUUCAGGCUGGUAACUCUCAGAGAUCACAUCAAAAAGACUUGCAAGGUCCAUUGUCUUCAGUGUCUACUUUUCAGCCACGACAUCAUAGUGCAGCUUCACAGCCACAGGAUCUUGGUUCCAAUAGUGAAGUGCCUGAGAUGAAGGGAAAGAUGACCCACUCUAAAGAAACUUCAGAGCAGUCAACUACAAGUUCUAUGUUAGCUGCAGUUAUGAAGAGUGGAAUUUUUACAAGUGGUCAGCAUGGCAUAAGUUUCUUGGAUAGGAGGAACCUUCCAUCAAAGUCCGGGGUUCAGCCUGCCCGGCCAAGUGGAUCAUCUCCUACAACAUCAGUUUCUUCAGGGCCUGGGGUUGCGUCUCCAUCUCGAUUAGGUCCUUCUAAUGAUGGCCUAUCUACUCUGUCAAAAGAAUCUCAAGGAAAGGUUGGAGCCCCAUCAAGGCUGCCUGCGCUCCCACCAGCUUCCUCUACUGUGAGUAGUGCCUCAGCCAAGACAUCAAGUGCCACUAAUAAUAAAUCUGAUCCAGUUUCAAACCUUUUAAACUCAUUAGUUGCAAAGGGUUUGAUUUCUGCAAAAACAGAUUCAUCUACUGAGGUGCCAGCUGAGGUGCUGAUUCGAUUGGAAGAUCAGAGCCAAAGCAUCACCACCAGUGGCACCUUGCCAGCUGUUUCAGUUACUGGUUCUGAAACUGUUCCUGUCAUAUCUACCGGAGAUGAUCAGCCUGCAAAAGGUUCCUCCAGCCAAUCAACCCCUACAGAAAUAAAAAAUCUAAUUGGCUUUGAGUUUAAGCCCAGUGUGAUCCGGGAAUUGCAUUUACCUGUGAUCAGAGAACUAUUGGAUGAUUUCCCUCAUCAUUGCAGUAUUUGUGGCCUUAGGCUUAAACAUCAAGAACAAUUUAAUAGACACUUGGAGUGGCAUGCUAUGAGAGAGAGAGAACAAAAUGAUAUAUUGAAGGCCUCAAGGAGAUGGUAUUUGAGAUCAAGUGACUGGGUUGAUGGCAAGGAUGAAGUUUCAUCUGAGUAUGAGGGUAUUGAUUCCAUAGAUUUACAUGGCAAUAAAUCAAACAGAAGUGAAGAGGAUGCUAUGGCUCCAUCUGAUGAAGAUCAGUGCUUAUGUAUGCUGUGUGGUGAGCUAUUUGAAGAUGUUUAUUGUCAAGAAAGGGAUGAGUGGAUGUUCAAAGGGGCGGUUUACCUACCUGUCUCCAGUAGUGAUAGUGAGACGGAUACUAACGUCAGUAGUGAAAGGGGCCCCAUUGUUCACACUUGGUGCUUAUCAGAGAGCUCCAUAUCUAACGUUCUUGCAAAGGAACAGGAUUAGGGUUUUGUUUUAGAUCAUCUGAGCAAUGUUGUCGUCGUCAGAAGCCUUCAAAGAGUACUCAGGUUUACCCUGCAUUUACUUGAUUUUCGUGGCUGUUCGGUGCUAAAAUGGAUUGAUGAUUGCCUCUAACUGGGCUUAGAGCCAUCAAACAAAUUUUGUGCUUUUUCUUGCUUGCUUUCUUCUCUCUCGCCCUUCUUCUUCUUCUUCUUCUUCUUUUUUUUUUUUGCUUUUUUUUUUUUUUGGUCUUGUAGCUCGGGGGAAAAUUUCAUGGUAUUCAAUAUAUAAAUGGCAGAAAGUUUUUGCAGCUCAGCUUGCCCAUUGACGUGGUUGUAUUCCUUUAUUUUACGAUGGCUUAGUGGAUUUGCACUUUAGCAGCAUCUGGUGCUAAUACAAGCCAGAGCAUUUGCAGCCAUACUCAUCACAAUUGCCAGAUGGGCCUCCUCUGUAUCUCCCAACAGCAACGACUGGGCUUCCUGCCUUCUCCUGUUACCCUUUUCUUAUUCUGUGCGCGCUCAUGCGUGUAUCUCACUUCCAGUGAAAGGGGCGAGGGGGCAUUGAUUCUGUGCUGGGAUAAAAUAAUAGCUGUGUUCUUAUCACCUAGCCUCAACUAACUUGUGUUGAUUGGAUUGUGGUCCUUUAUCUUACGCAGAAGAGAGAUUGUCGGUUGUGAAUUUGGCUGUUUGAAGUUAAUUUACUUGUAUAUGUGUUUCGUUUUUCAUUUUUUA